AACCACAUUUUACUUUCACUUUCACAGCCUCAUGAAAUACAAUAUCAGACGUAGUUUAGGCUAUAAACCACAUAAUUGUUUAGCAUAUCUCAUUUUAACUUACUUUUAUUUAUUAUYUAAACAAACUCAUUAGCAAAUAUGUCCAAACUAACGCUCAUCGGAUUGUGCUUCUGGCUUUAUGUGGCGCAAAAGUUCGUUUCCGGAGAGGAUCUUUAUCAUCAAGUGGGAGGUGAGCUGGUGUUGACACCGAACACGUCCACAGUGCCACACUCCAUCACAAGCAUCCUAUGGAAGCAUGGGAGGAACAAGGUGGCAGAGUGGGACAAGGAUUUUGGUCGUCUGGACAUCUAUGGUGCCUUCAAAGAGCGUACAACCCUGAACCAGACUACUGGAGAGCUGAGAAUCAGUGGAUUGAUGAAAACAGACAGUGGCGUUUAUUCUGUGGAGUUUAACAGCAAACAGCUUGACAAGACAUAUAAACUAUCUGUUAUCAAGGCAGUCCCCAAACCCACAAUCACUUCUUCCUCCUGUAACCCAACAAAACCUCCUGCACUCUGA